AUGUGAGAUAAGUUGUGAAUUUUAUUUUAUGAAUAGCUACGUAUAUUUUGAAUACCUAUGUGCUUUGUGGCUCGACACUUUACAUUUUUAUGCAAAUGAAUUUUUUCGUGAAACCCAACAUCUUGAUUUGAUUUAUUACACUUUAUUUCGUAUUAUUCUGGUGUCAAAUUCUACUCUAACCGUGGUGUUUUGAGUUAGAAAAAAAAACUUAAAAUAUGUCAAAAUUGGUAGACGAAGUGACCUGAGUAGUUGUAACGGCAAAAAUUAACUAGAUUUGGCUUUUUCCUGGUAGUGGAACGGGCAAUGGACAUGUUAUCGUUGCCGCCCCCCUUCCUUCGUCGGGUAUUAAAAAUCAGGUCCUACAUGCAUGCUUUUUUGGGCAUAAACAUCCCGCAUAAUCAUGAACACUUAAAAUGGGACACACAGCAAUAAUAUAGUCGAUCUAUGGACACAAGUUGGUCAGUGUCAGUCAGUAGUGGUGGUUAUGUAUGCAUUUGGGUGGUCACCUUGACAGCCGUGCCACCAACACAAGCUCCCAGUCCUAUUUCAUCACGACUUAUAGAUUGCACACACCAAUCUCAUUCAUGAUAUUGCAUUGUGCACCGUGUGUGAACAUUUCACGGGUUUCUUCUUACGUGCACUUUUGCAAUUCACUUAUUCAUACGAGAUGAGUGAAGACCUCGUCUACUCGUCUUUGGAGAAAGGUGUCGAGAACACGGAUUCCGCAAAGAAGCCAAACCCAAACUUUGUGGAGAAAGUGUCAAUUGCUCUCGUUCGAGAAUAUCUCUUCAAAAAAAAUUUCAGAACGACGCUUAAAAGUUUGUACGUGGAGCCAGGUUCCUUUGCAGGAUUUUCCAACCGGCGUGGUCCACUGGCGGAAGUACUCCGAUUAGAAUCUCUCCUGAAGGAGAACAAGCGGAAGAGGACGGGUCGGAGUCAUGGCGAACGCACCCCAACCUUUAAUUCCAUGCUGGAAAUCUUGGUGAAGCGUAUCUCGAGAAGGACGACAAUUUCGACAGACCAGCUAAAAACAAGUUCCCAAGAUCCGUGAGCACUCAGGUCGAUCCGCCGCCAAAAGAAAAUACCAAGCAACACAGACUUAUCCAAACAGAGGCGUCACUCAGGUCGAGCGUGGAAGUCCAAACCGAGCCUUCAGAACCUGCAGCAGACGAAGAAGGACAAGAAGAGGUCGACGGGGAGGACGGUCCGUCGGCCAAGGUGUCCUCGCCCUCCUCUCCCCUCACGGAUGUCACAUACGCAACCUCAGACUUCCUCAUCGACCCGGAACAAGUUGCCAGCCCACCUCUCAGCUCCCUCACGCAGUCAUCAGCAGCGGGCGAGAUAAUAGUCAUGGCACAGCAGGAUAUCAAUUCAGGUCCAAGACGGGCGACGAGUCCCCGCUCCCCCGUGGGAAGGAGUCUAUCCGCCAGCAAGUCUCCGACCAGAGAGUCCAGGGGUGAGCAGGACAGUAACGACGACGGCGACCCUUCCUUCGACAUGAGUCCGGAACAACCCGGUCAGAAAGCAUCCUUCGACAACGAAUUUCAGCUCAAACGCAUCGUCAGCAGCAGCAGCCAGGCAGAUGCGAAUCUGAACAACGUGGGGUCAAGUGGUGGUCUGAGUCUCGCGGAAAGUUUGCUGCAGUCGAAGCAAAACAUUUUGGCGCAGGGGUGUCUCUCUCGGGAGGAAAUCCAUAAGCAGAACCGAGCUCAGAGACGCUCCUUGAGUGAGGAAAGUCACCUCAUGCACAGGGUCACACGUCCACCCCGACUUGGCGGCUCCCAGCAGCAGGACUCGGCCAAAGUGGAGACGAUGGAGUUGUGCGACAUUGAGUACGAAGACUUGGGAUUUAGCGAUGGUGGUCUGAUACAUAUUCGCAACGUGCCAAAAUCACAGAGCCAAACUACGAGGAGUCAGUUGGAUUUGGGGAUGUGGAGAAAGUUGAAGGUGGCCACGGUGGGUGUGGGUGGUUUCGUGCAGGAUGGCUGGAUAGGACAGGGCUUCUCCUUCAACCACGACGUCCCAUUUGGCCUCGUCCAAAAUAAGGGUGGCCCAUGCGGCGUUCUUGCCGUCGUUCAGGCCCUUCUGCUCCGGAAUUUGAUGUUUGGUUCCAAGUUUUCUAGGGACGUUCCCAUCGCGAGGAACGAAAUGUUGUCCACACUUGAAGCCAACAACGCCACGCAUUCCACCCACACACAUUCCUCCCUCAUCACCAAGCGAUGCGAUGCGCUUUGUUCCACGCUGGUCGAAAUCUUGUGGCGAUGCCUCCCCGACGAAGACGAGGCUGAGGGGGUCAAAGACGUGGAGAAACCCUGUGUCCAAAUCUGCCUGAAGGGAAACGAGCCGGGGUCGGAAGUAGCAGAAAUUCAUACUUUUCAAGACUUGGAGAGUUUUGUGAGGGAGAAUUGGGACCGAUUUGAUUGUCUGGGACUGGUUUACUCCUGCGUCCUCACACGCUCCCCUGACAGAUUGCAGAUGGACAUGGACUUUGGGGACAGCCCGUUGAUCGGGCAGCAUGGCUACUGUUCCUUAGAACUCAUCAACCUCCUCCUCUUUGGAAAAUGCAUUUCGAACGUCUUUGACCACGAAGUGGCGCUGGAGGGGAAAACCUUACGAGGUGUGCAAACCCAGUCGGACAUCGGAUUCCUCUCUCUCUUUGAGCACUACGGUUCUUGUGAGGUGGGGUCGUUCAUGAAGAGUCCCAAGUAUCCCGUGUGGAUCGUGUGCAGCGAGUCUCACUUCUCCAUCUUCUUCUCGCCCAGCAUGGACAUUGUGAGCAGAAGUGAGGAGCACAGAAUUUUGAGCAACGGCUUCGACAUCUUUUACUACGACGGUCUCGCCCGACAACAACAAGUCAUUCGCCUCACCAUUUGUUUCCCAACAGCCUCGGACCAAGAGCGGGGGACGCUCCACCUGACGCUGCCAUCCAAUUUUAGCCGAAUCUCAACGUCCACCAUGGACGGGGUGGGGUCUGACCACUUGGUUCCUCCCUUGGAAAAGUGCAUCCGGACCAAGUGGAAAAACGCAAAAGUAUUUUGGAACGGGACCGAACCUCUCCUCUAAGCAUACACAUUUACAUAUCUCGACGACGCAUUUUUUAACUUCGUGCUAAAGUGGCUUUGUUCUCUAAUAAUAUGAGUUCUAAUAAUUUGGUUGUGGUUACUGCUAAAAGAAGAAGACGAAGAAUACAAAAGUUUGAGAAAUGA